GAUCUCUAUGCAUGUGGGUGAGGAUAUCGCAGUGUGCGUGAUUGUCCGUGACCGCGACCAAGUAGACAGUCGGUUUAAGUCGAGUCGUCGGCUCGCCUCGUCUGAAUAUACCGGCUGUACGUUAUUACGUAGAUUAUUGUGGUGAAAUGUUAAUGAAAUAAUCAAACUAGUUUAAUUUUACAAAACAAAAUGGGACAGCGAGUAUCAAAGACGGAUUUUGAAUGGGUUUAUACAGAGGAGCCCCACGCUAGCAGGCGAAAAAUAAUUUUAGAAAAAUAUCCACAAAUCAAAAAGUUAUUUGGAUAUGACCCAAAUUUCAAAUGGGUUGUAACGGGUAUGGUCCUAGUUCAAUUUCUAUCGAUGUUCAUUGUCAAGGAUUUGAGCUAUCCAAUCCUUCUCUUAGUGGCAUAUUGUUUUGGCGGAGUGAUUAAUCACUCCCUCAUGUUGGCUAUUCAUGAAAUAUCACACAAUCUUGCUUUUGGCCAUGCAAGACCAAUGGCCAAUAAAUUAUUUGGCUUUUUUGCCAACUUGCCCAUCGGAGUACCGAUAUCUAUCAGCUUCAAGAAAUACCAUCUGGAACAUCAUAGGUAUCAAGGUGAUGAGAAGUUAGAUACUGACCUACCAACCCUAAUUGAGGCAAAACUAUUCUGCACAACUUUUGGGAAACUUUGUUGGAUAUUACUUCAACCAUUUUUCUAUUCAUUCCGACCUCUAGUCACUUACCCUAAAGCACCAACAACACUGGAAUACGUCAACCUAGUCAUUCAAUUAAUAUUUGAUGGAAUCGUUUGGUAUUAUUUAGGUGGUAAAGUGUUGGUGUAUUUGACGCUUGGUUCGGUUAUGGCAAUGGGGCUACAUCCGGUUGCCGGACAUUUUAUAUCUGAACAUUACAUGUACAAGAAAGGAUUUGAAACAUAUAGUUACUAUGGGCCGCUGAACUUCAUCACCUUCAACGUGGGAUACCAUAAUGAACACCACGAUUUUCCUGCUGUCCCCGGCUCACGGUUACCCGAGGUAAAACGCAUUGCUGCUGAGUUCUAUAACGAUCUUCCACAACACAACUCUUGGGUAUCAGUUCUCUACGACUUUGUAAUGGAUCCGGAAAUAGGGCCAUACGCACGUGUCAAGAGGAAGCACAGAGGAUUGACAUCAUGAAACUGAAAAUUGAUUAUUAAAAAUAUUUUUUGAAAAUAUAAUUGGAAUCGCAUUUAUCGUUUAUAUGUAUGGUAUUGUACGUGACAGAAAAUAUUACAUGCCCUGUGCAGUUUUACUGCUAGCUAAUAGAGGGUUUACAGGA